AUCCCAAAAUCCAAGCUUAGCACCGUGUCGACUCAUUGCUCAACUUAUUCUCUCCCACCAUGUCCGCGAUAUACGUCGACGACUCUGCUGGAAACGACGACACGGGGAAGGGUACCGCGGAGGCCCCAUACCAAUCACUCGCAUUCGCAAUCUUCACACACGGACCGGAGGCGAAGCUACUUGCUCGCAAGGAUCCAAGCGCGUCGUAUGAGGAACCUACGCAGUCUGCACUGAAGAAGGCAAAGAAGGGCGCCGACGGGCUAGAGAAGAAACGGAAGAGGGCAGAGGAGCUGGCGGAGCGGGAGGCGAAGGAGAAGUCAGAUAGACAGAAGGUGCUCGAGGAGAGCAAGAAGAUAGUCCUGACAGAAGACACUGCCCUACCCGCUGCUGUGAAGUCUAAAAUCGGGAGCCUCACGCCCCUCCGCUCAAAGCGUGUCCGCGUCUCGGGUUGGGUGCACCGCUCGCGCGAUCAGAACAAGAUCAUCUUCGUCGUCCUGCGGGACGGGACGGGCUACCUGCAAUGCGUGCUCUCCGGGAAGGUGGCGCAGACAUACGACGCCCUCACGCUCACGCUCGAAUCGACUGUCGAGCUCGUUGGCACGCUGCAGCCAGUGCCGGAGGGGAAGACCGCGCCGGGCGGACACGAGUUGAUCGUGGACUACUGGAGGGUCCUUGGGGCGUCCCCCGGUGGCGAGGACGCGUUUACCAACCGACUGAACGAGAAAUCGGACCCCUCGAUUCUUUCCGACCUCAGGCAUCUCGUCAUUCGCGGCGAGACUGCUUCCGCCGUGCUCAAGCUGCGAGCAGCGCUGCUGAACUCGUUCCGUCAGUCGCUUGUGUCGCGUGACCUUGUGGAGGUGACCCCGCCAUGCAUGGUGCAGACGCAGGUCGAGGGCGGCGCGACACUUUUCAAGUUUGACUACUAUGGCCAGCCUGCGUUCUUGACGCAGAGCUCGCAGCUCUACUUGGAGACGUGUCUCCCGUCGCUUGGGGAUGUUUUCUGCGUGCAGGAGAGCUUCAGGGCUGAGAACAGCCAUACUCGUCGCCAUUUGAGCGAAUACACACAUCUUGAAGCAGAGCUGGCGUUCAUCACGUUCGAUGACCUCAUGGACCACAUCGAAGGCAUUAUCUGCGACACCGUAGAUCGUCUACUCGCAGAGCCAUCCACGGCAGCGCUCAUCAAGCAGCUUAACCCGAACUUCACCGCACCCGCGCGACCAUUCCGACGCCUCUCGUACGUCGAUGCGAUCGCAUGGCUGAACGAGCACGGCAUCCAGCACGAGGCGGAGGACGCCGAGGGGAACGCCAUCCGCGAUGACACCGGCAACCCGAAGAUGGUCGACCACCAGGUUGGCGACGAUAUCGCGGAGGCGGCGGAGCGGAGGAUGACGGACAUCCUCGGCACGCCCGUGUUCCUGUACGGCUUCCCCGCGGAGCUGAAGGCGUUCUACAUGAAGAAGAUCCCGGGUACUGGCGGAGACGGGGGACCGGUGUGCACGGAGAGCUGCGACCUAUUGAUGCCGGGUGUGGGUGAGAUCGUGGGUGGGUCGAUGAGGAUUGCGGAUAUGGAGGAGCUUUUGGGGGCGUACAAGCGCGAAGGCAUCGACCCGGCGCCGUAUUACUGGUUUACGGACCAGCGCAAGUACGGUACUUGCGAGCACGGAGGAUAUGGCCUUGGUGUAGAGCGCUUCCUCGCGUGGCUUGCUAACAGGUUCACCGUCCGAGAGUGUUCCCUCUAUCCCCGCUGGCCGGGCCGUGCAACACCCUAAUACUACGCAAUUGUUCGAGGACCCAGAAGCGGAUAGAGGAAGUAGAAACAGACCGUAGUAUUGUAUGUAUUUGCACCGAACUGCUGUU